GUGAAUAAUGUUAAUUAGAGAGAGAUGCCGACACAAGGGAACAACCCAAAGUGACCUUCCGAACUUUGUUGAAAGAGACGCGGAAGUAUCUGCAGUGCGGAACAAUCAAGAUUUGAACAAUGAGAUGGAGGUGACGGUUGAAGAGAGAAGAGAUGAAGAAAAUGCUGGGCUGAAAAGGAAAAUUGAUGAGGUUGUGCAAUAUGCAAAAGGUGCAAGGGCCAGAAGGAAGACCAAAACAGCUGUGACGUUGAAGUCACCUUACCUAACACGGAUGAUUGAUCCAAGAGAUAAUGUGAACACAUUUGAGAAGAAAUUUUGGAAGUGGGUUGUAAACAAGCAAGAUGCUGACAGGUUUAUGCUUUAACUUUGGUUAAACAAUGCAUGAUAUUAGGAAACUUAAAGUAACAUUCUUGAUAUUGGUUCUGUAAAACUUAUGCAGGA